UCAAAGAGUUUCCAUGUUCUCUCUCUCUCGUUCGGCGUCCCUGCAGUCCUCCUACUCUGACUAUCUUCGCAGCUUUGCUCAGAUUCGAAUUUGUAUUCUGCAUUUUCAGUUUUAGUUCAAGUUUUCUUUGCAGUUUCAGUUUUAGCGAUGGCGCGUACGAAACAGACUGCCAGGAAGUCCACGGGAGGGAAGGCGCCUCGGAAACAAUUGGCUACCAAGGCUGCCCGCAAGUCUGCUCCUGCCACAGGAGGAGUGAAGAAGCCUCAUCGGUACAGGCCCGGAACCGUUGCGCUUCGAGAGAUUCGGAAGUAUCAGAAGUCGACCGAGCUCCUCAUCAGGAAGUUGCCGUUUCAGCGUUUGGUUCGUGAGAUCGCCCAGGAUUUCAAGACGGAUUUACGCUUUCAGAGUUCAGCUGUCUUGGCGUUGCAAGAAGCGUCCGAGGCGUAUUUAGUUGGAUUGUUUGAGGAUACUAACUUGUGUGCUAUUCACGCAAAGCGUGUGACGAUCAUGCCGAAGGAUAUUCAGCUGGCGCGGCGCAUCAGGGGAGAGCGUGCGUAGGCCUGUAGCCCCUCUCAGCCUCAAACUUCUACCCCUUCAUCUUCCUGUGAAAGCUUCUGUACUUAAUAUGCUACAUAGUUCGUGCCAUCUCUCAGCUAUGAUGAUUCGGAAUUAGUGUAGUGCUAGAGAACGGUUAGGCAGGAGUAGAAGCCUUUCUUACCGUCUUUUUUUCCAGAUAAAUCCGUUUGUGUACAUACCUGAAUUACACUUGAGAGCUCACACACUGACUUCUGCUUCAUUGUCUUCCUGAGGUGUCCAUUAAAGAAUCCGAGCAACUCCAACAUUCCUAGAUCGUUCUGCAGUGCACCUUCACCUCGAACCUUCAGUUCUUGUUCGAAGAUGUGUCCAUAGAACAACGAUGAAUCAUUAAAUUCUUUUGAACUUGGAAUUAUGGAUCGUCUA